AUGCCCGUGGGUCCAGUGAAGGCCCCCACUGCUGUGGAGAUGGUGGCAGGGGAGGGGGAGGCUCCGGGGGGACUGGAGCAGCGCGCGCCCCUGCCUCCCGUCAGAGUGUCCCGGGACAUGCUCCGGAGCUUCCCCCACUCCAAGCGCGUGGGCUCGUACCUGGUCGGGAAGAUGAUCAACAAGGGGUCCUUCGCCAAAGUAAUGGAGGGGCUGCACAUCGGGACCGGAGAGAAGGUGGCCAUCAAAGUGAUCGACAAAAAGAAAGCCCGCCAAGACUCGUACGUGUUGAAGAACAUGAAGAGGGAGCCGCGCAUUCACCAGAUGGUCCGCCACCCGCACAUCGUGGUCCUGUUCGAGACCUUGGAGACGGAGAACAGUUACUACAUGGCCAUGGAGCUGUGUGCGGGAGGAGACCUGAUGGAUCGGAUCUGUGAGAGGAAGCGUCUGGAGGAGAGGGAAGUCAGGCGCUACACCAGACAGAUCCUCUCCGCUGUGGACCACCUGCACAAACACGGCGUCCUGUCGGCCACCAGCUCCAGGCGAGCAGCCUUCCUGCACUGUCUGCGCUGGGGGGUGUGGAGCCCCCUCCAGCCCCCUGUGUCAGAGGGUCCAGAGGGUGAGAUCACAGUGGCUCUGCGGGGAGGACCAGAACCAAACCCCCACAAUGUCAUGGUCUACACCCCCCACACACAUCAGCAGCAGCAGGAGGUGGACACCAUCAGCUUCAGCUUCUGCUCUGGACAGGACAGAAAAACAGCCCAAUUCAGGUCGGAGAGAGCUCAUGAGAGGAGCUCCCAGCCCAGGAGAUCUAGCACCUCCAGAUCUCCUGCUCAUGGGCGCAGGGCGCAGUUGGACUCUCCUCCCGACUCUCCUCCAGGCCAAGGGCUCUCCCUCUCGCAGCUGGCAGCAUCGUCGCGGUACCCGAGCAUCACUCACUUUGGCCGAGCGUCACCAUGGCAACCCGCCUCACUGCUGCAUCAGUCUCCGCUGGCGACGGCCCACCAGCUGCCAUACGUCAUGAGCUCCAUGGCCCACCUGGAGGUAGACCUCGACCCUGGGGCCGCACUGAGACUGGAUGAGGACCAUCUUCAGGAGACCGCCUACACCCCUGUCCACGCCCCUGUGCUUCAUCUGGGGACCAGCACAUCAGGCCCAUAUCUCGGCAGCACUCGGUCUCGUGGUGCUCUCGCCCAGCUCAGUGCGGCAGGCUUCCCCCCGGUGUUGGACUGCACAGGUCAGCCAGCCCACACCCUGGACACUGAGGACCCCCUGAGCUUUGACCCCCACAGAGAGGAGACAGAUUUGCUCCAAGGAGACCUGCUACUGCUGCAGUUCCUGGCCUUCACCAGGAGCCCACAGUCGGCAGGGGGCCCGCACUGGCCCCGCAGCGUCUACUUGACCUUUCAGCUGUAUAGGUUUCCACCAGUGACCACUCACCCCCUGGUCCUGCUGGAGCCCCCCCAGAGCGGGGGGCCCUUCUGCCUCCUCACCCCUGUGACCCGAGAUGGCCCCAGCUCAGGGCCCCCAGGGCUCCAGCUGCAGUUCCGGGUGGACAGCUCCUUCCUGCGGCCCGGAGAGAGGCCCUGGUUCCUGCAGUACCUGGCCUCCCACAGCCUGCAGCUGGAUGUGUGGGACUCGGACUCCCUUCUGCUCGUCGGCUCCGCUGCUUUCCCACUGAAGAUCAUGCUGCGUCAGGGGAAGCCUGCUGUCCAGGCCCUUCAUGAGCUGGACGUCCUGACCACAGAGUAUGUGGGGGAGGAGCUGCUGGGGACCGGUGGAGGCCAGGGCCCCAAUUGUCCUCUCAGCGUGCACACUGUACUCAAGGGCCAGCUGCACGUGCGCACUGGCAACAUGGGUUGCCCCACGCCUCCUGACCAGCAGACACCACUAGCCACGCCCCCAUCCCACGUGGUGAUGCCCGGCGAGGUGAGCGGCGGCUUCAGAGGAGGGAGUGUGUGUGCGCGGGGUGGGAACAGUGCCAGAGCUCAGAGACUGCAGAGUGAGCUACCAAUCAGAGCAGACCUCACCAAAGCCCAGCAGAGUCAAGAUGGCCGCCGUAAGCUCAGCUGCAUGGCCGCGGUACACCGGCGUGAGGGCAGCCAGCACGCACACACGCCACAGCUCACGGAGUCUGCCGUAUCUAGCCCUGGUGUGGAGCUCCGAAAAGCUGAGGCCAUCACACUCAUGCUGAGCCGGGCCAUCACCACAGAGCACUGGCUCUUCUGCAGCUUAGGCUCUGCACACUUCCUGGAGUAUGUGCUGAGGAACCCCUUCACCACCGCCCACACAGUCACCAUCAGCAGCGACCAGCCCGAGCUCAGUGUGAUCACAAAUCCGGAGGAGUGGCAGUACUUCAGGUCUUUGAAGUCUGAUUCCAGUCCUGUGGAGAAGAACAUGUUCCACCUGCAGCCAGGAGCCUUGGGGCCCCAGAUUUAUCUGAGGCCCCUGGAGAACCUGCACAUCCCCUUUAAGUACCAGAGCUUUGAGUGUGACCACAACUGCAGUACUCACGGCCCGAGCGUCGCACCUUCAGGCGGGGGCUCCCAGCUGGUCCAGAGGAACCGGGCCCAUGUGGCUGUUUCGAGAACCAUCAAGGUGACCUUCAGCACAGAGGAUUCAAAGCCCCUUUCCAUUCUGCAACUGAACAUCCAGGUCACUCCCCCCAUAGUGGACCAGAGCUUCAGGCUCUACCACCCCGAGCAGAGCUUCCUGAAGAAGGCCAUCCGCCUGCCGACCUGGGACCCGCCUCCAGGUGGCGAUUUAGAAGUGACAGUCCGCUGCAGUGACCGUGACGUCGUCUGUCAGAGCUGGAAGAUGAUGCCUGGGGAGCCUCAGGACGUUUAUGUGAAAGUCCCCGGCAGCCCCAGCCCACACGUCCGCAUGUUCUUCAUCUUGGUCUACACGGACCGAUGGAAGGCAGCGCCCUCUCAGGUCUGGCAGGUGUAUGUGCACUUCCUGGAGCGUGUGGACAUAAGCGCUGUGAGUGGUCAGAGGAGCUGUCAAUCACUGGUGCUGCGAGGGAAGCACACAACCAGGAAGCUGCGCUGCUUUAGCUCCCACCCCCAGGACCUCAAGGUGGACCCUGGGGAUGUGUUUGCCCUUCCCCCCGCCGCAGUGCAGGAGGUCCAGGUGAGCGUCCAGCCGUGGAGGGCAGGCAGACGCUUCUUCUACCUGAGCGGGGUGGACGUGGAGCAGCACCGUCUAGUCAGCAGCUGGCUCCUGUGCCUGACGGUGCACCAGCCCAUCAUCUCCAAGGCCUUUGAGCUGUGUAUGCCUGUGGGAGAAGGUCGUGGCAGCUCCAGGAAAAUCAGCUACACCAACCCCUACAGCGGCCCCCGGACGCUGCUGCUCCGCUCAGACCAGCCCCACCUGCUGCAGUUCAAAGAGGAGCGCUUCCAGGUCGGAGGUGGAGAGACGUACACUAUUGGGCUGCGCUUUGCCCCGAGCCAGCGUCCAGGAGCAGUGGAGAUCCUGGUCUUUGUCAACGAUCUGCAGGAGAAGACCGAGGAAGCCUUCUGUGUCAAAGCCCUGUACUCCUGA